AGCCGGUAUGAGGACACGCGCGAUUCUGCGGCGCCUCAUUCCUGCUGGUUUACCGGUAUCGUAGCAGGAAGAAGAUAGUGUUGACGUCAUGCCGUCCGAUUUAGCGAAAAAGAAAGCGGCAAAGAAGAAGGAGGCUGCUAAAGGCCGUCAGAAGAAGAAGCCAGAGGAAGUGAACGGCGAGGGCGAGAAACCCGAAAGCCAAGAGAACGGAGCAACGGCAAAUGGAGUGGACAGCUUGGCCAAGCAGCUGGAUGAGUUUGAGUUGAAGAAGACUGAAGCGCGGGCAGUGACCGGAGUGCUCGCCUCCCACCCCAACAGCACAGAUGUCCACAUCGCCAGCUUGUCCCUCACCUUCCACGGCCAGGAGCUGUUGACUGACACUAGCCUGGAACUCAACUCUGGCCGUCGCUAUGGUCUCAUUGGACUCAAUGGAACAGGGAAGUCCAUGCUGCUGUCAGCCAUUGGCCACAGAGAAGUACCCAUUCCAGAGCACAUCGACAUCUACCACCUGACGCGGGAGAUGCCCCCCAGCGAGAAGACGGCCCUGCAGAGUGUCAUGGAGGUGGACGAGCAGAGGAUAAAGCUGGAGAGGGAAGCAGAGAGGCUUGCAACAGAGGAUUCCGAGUGUGAGAAGCUGAUGGAGCUGUACGAGCGUCUGGAGGAGCUGGACGCGGACAAGGCAGCAGUGAGGGCCUCACGCAUCCUGCACGGCCUGGGAUUCACCAGUGCCAUGCAGCAGAAGAAGCUGAAGGACUUCAGCGGAGGAUGGAGGAUGAGGGUCGCCCUUGCCAGAGCACUGUACCUGAAACCGUUCAUGCUGCUUCUGGAUGAGCCGACCAACCACUUGGACCUGGAGGCCUGCGUGUGGCUGGAGGAGGAGCUCAGACAGUUCAAACGUAUUCUCGUCCUGAUUUCACAUUCCCAAGACUUCCUUAAUGGCGUGUGUACCAACAUCAUGCACUUGCACCAGAAGAAUCUGAAGUACUACACUGGUAAUUAUGACCAGUAUAUCAAGACCAGAGAGGAGCUGGAGGAGAACCAGAUGAAACGCUUCAACUGGGAGCAGGAUCAAAUUGCACAUAUGAAGAACUAUAUUGCACGGUUUGGCCAUGGCUCUGCCAAGCUAGCCAGACAAGCUCAGAGCAAAGAGAAAACUUUGCAGAAGAUGGUGGCCUCAGGACUAACUGAGAAAGUUGUGAAUGACAAGACCCUGUCAUUUUCUUUUCAUCCCUGUGGGAAGAUACCCCCUCCUGUUAUCAUGGUGCAGAAUGUCAGCUUUAGGUAUUCUGACGACACGCCAUAUAUUUAUAAAGACCUGGAGUUUGGGAUUGAUCUGGACACGCGGGUGGCACUUGUGGGACCCAACGGUGCUGGAAAGUCCACAUUGCUGAAGCUGUUGGCUGGAGAGCUUGUCCCAUCCAGUGGAAUGAUCAGAGUGAACUCUCAUGUAAAGAUUGGCAGAUACCACCAGCACUUGACUGAGCAGCUUGAGCUGGACUUGUCACCGCUUGACUACAUGAUGAAGUGUUAUCCAGACAUCAAGGAGAGAGAGGAGAUGAGGAGGAUCGUCGGCCGCUACGGCCUCACGGGCAAACAGCAGGUUAGCCCCAUCAGGAACCUGUCUGAUGGCCAGAAGUGUCGCGUGUGCUUCGCCUGGCUUGCCUGGCAGAACCCCCACUUGCUCUUCCUUGACGAGCCCACCAAUCACUUGGACAUCGAGACCAUCGACGCCCUGGCAGACGCCAUCAAUGAGUUUGAGGGCGGCACGAUGCUGGUUAGCCACGACUUCAGGCUAAUCCAACAGGUGGCUCAGGAGAUAUGGGUGUGCGAGAAGCAGACCAUCACCAAGUGGAACAGGGACAUCUUGGCCUACAAGGAGCACCUGAAAUCCAAAAUUGACAGACAAGCGCAUGACCUCUAGGAUCCAGACAGUCCAGAUGGGGUUGUGUCCACACUCCGUGCAGUGUCAAGACAAGAGCACCUCUCCUCACCAGCUGUGCAUGCUGAAGUUACCUACAGAGGAGCAUUCUGUACUGAUGUUUUCUAGUAAUUAUGCAAUUCUCAAUACUGACCUGCAUUUUCGUUUCCCCCCUUUCAAAUUUUCCGAUGGAAUUUACAUAAGCAGUCUUAUGUAUUGUUUCAGGCUGCCGAUGUUUUGAGUGCUUGAUGUCUCAAGUCUCGAGCUGGCAGAAGGCUGUGCAGAUAAUGUCGUCAAAGGCUCUUAAAGAGCUAUUUAUUAUGUCAUGUAUUAUUUAUCUUCAUCUGCUGUAAUGCAUUUGGCUGAAAUAAAAGAUUCAUCACCCGGUCUAA